CCCAGCACUCCUGGGACUCUCUGCCUUCUCCAAAUUACUGAAAACAUUAGAUAUGUGAGAAUCUUUCUAUUUUACCUUUUCCAGAGGCGCAUUUUUGCUGUGGAGCUCUUUGAACAAGCUUGCAGCAGGCAAAAGGCAAUCUGUGCUCCAGCUCCUCAUUAGCUGCUGCCUGACAGUGAUGGGUGACCCUGGGAAUUCUUGUUCAAGGCUGCUCCUCCCGUUUUUCUCAGCUCUUUCUGCCUUUACAUCAGUUACCCUUUAAAGAAAAACUUAAGGAGGAGGGAGGGAGGUGCUGCCCAUGUUGGAUUGGGAAGAGGUUUCCUCCUGCCUGUCAAGCACGGUGGAAGGUCACCCUGUCCUGCUUCAUGAGUGUGAGAGGUGACAGGUGCCACACUGAUGGGGACCAAAUCAUCUGCCAGCAUCGUGCCCCCCACUCAUUCCCCUGGCAGAAUCCUGGGCAGAUUGCUGAGUGCAUCAGUGGCCAAACACUGCAUUUAUGUGUGGCCUCAGCCCCACUGCUUCCUUCUGCCAGUGGCUUUGGGUGUGCAGAAAAUGCACAGGCAGCAGAAGAGGAUGGAGGCAUCCUGCCUGGAGCUGGCCCUGGAAGGAGAGCGCUUGUGCAAGGCUGGGGACUUCAAAGCUGGGGCAGCCUUCUUUGAAGCAGCAGUGCAGGUGGGGACAGAGGACCUGAAGACUCUCAGUGCCAUCUACAGCCAGCUGGGCAAUGCCUAUUUCUACCUGAAGGAGUAUUCCAAGGCCCUGCUGUACCACAAGCACGACCUUACCCUGGCCAGAACCAUUGGGGACCGAAUUGGAGAAGCCAAGGCAAGUGGCAACCUUGGGAAUACCCUGAAAAUCCUGGGGCAGUUUGAUGAAGCUGUGGUUUGCUGCCAGAGACACUUGGACAUUUCUCGGGAGCAGGGAGACAAGGUAGGUGAAGCCAGAGCUCUCUAUAAUAUAGGGAAUGUUUACCAUGCAAAGGGAAAGCACUUAUCCUGGAACACGGCCCAGGACCCGGGCUACCUGCCUCAGGAAGUCAAGGACACACUACAGAAAGCUUCAGAAUAUUAUGAGAGGAACCUGUCCCUGGUGAAGGAGCUGGGGGACAGAGCUGCACAGGGCCGUGCCUACGGCAACCUUGGCAACACCCAGUACUUACUGGGCAACUUCAGUGAGGCCAUUGCCUUCCACAAGGAGCGCCUGGCCAUCGCCAAGGAGUUUGGGGACAAGGCGGCCGAGCGCAGAGCCUACAGCAACCUGGGCAACGCCCACAUCUUCCUGGGCAGGUUCGACAUCUCUGCUGAGUACUACAAGAAAACGCUCCAGCUCUCCAGACAGCUCAAGGACCAAGCAGUAGAAGCCCAGGCUUGCUACAGCCUGGGGAACACAUGCACACUGCUUCAAGACUAUGAGAAAGCCAUUGAGUACCACCUGAGGCACCUGGUGAUAGCACAGGAGCUGGGAGACAGGGUGGGAGAAGGAAGAGCCUGCUGGAGUCUUGGAAAUGCCUACGUGUCCCUGGGGAGCCACCCGCAGGCUUUGCACUUUGCAAGGAAACAUCUUGAAAUCUCCCAAGAGAUCGGGGACAGGAGCGGGGAGCUGACAGCCCAGGCGAACGUGGCCCAGCUCAGGGCAGCCCUUGGCCUGGGCCCCGGGGAGGAGGACGUGGGUGCAGCUCAUCCCUACUCUGGCUACGAGGCACAAGGAGCCAGGCCAAAGAGACUCCAGAGGAACAGCAUGGACAGCUUAGACCUCCUCAAGUUCCCUUCUGAAAAGGACCAGAAUGGGGACAGCCACCACGUGGGAGAGCUGAAGAUCUCAGGGAAGGAGUUCCUGUCGUUACCUGCGAGAGCCAGGAAACAGCGGGAGCACCAGUCCAGCUCGGAGAGGAAAGCCCAGGGAUCAAGUGCCUCCCCUCAGGGUGCUGGGGAGGUCCGAGUGCAGGUGCCACAGUCGAAAAUCAACCGGACCCCUUCGGACGAGGAAUGCUUCUUUGACCUGUUGAGCAAGUUCCAGAGCAACCGGAUGGAUGAUCAGCGCUGCCCGCUGGAGGAGUGCCCAGCCGAGGCUGCGGAGGCAGCUGCCACGCGGGUGCCUGCCCUGGGAGAGAGGAUAUCACAGUCCACCCUGAUGGCAUCUCCACAGACAGAGGAGUUCUUCGACCUCAUUGCCAGCUCCCAGAGCAGGCGCCUGGAUGACCAACGUGCCAACGUGGGCAACCUGCCCGGCCUGCGGAUAACCCACAACAACCUGGGCCACCUGCGUGUGGAGGGGGACGCCCAGGAGCCCGGGGACGAGUUCUUCAACAUGCUCAUGAAGUGUCAGUCCUCCAGGAUCGAUGACCAGCGCUGUGCCCCCCCAGACUCCAUCCCCCGUGGUCCCACCAUGCCCGAUGAAGACUUUUUCAGCCUCAUCCAGCGUGUCCAGGCCAAACGCAUGGACGAGCAGCGUGUGGAUUUGGCCUCAGCCCAGGAGGAGGCCGAGGAGGAGCAGCAGAGGCCUGGUUCCAGCUAAGAACUGGGUUUUGGUCUGGGGGGGUUGUUUCAGCUUUAUUUUGUUUUUUAAAAAGGAAGACCAGAGUAGGCGGUUUCAAGCCCGAGUGCUCCUGUGCUCCCAGUCUUGCACCUCCAUUGUGUUCCUAUGGGAGAGCCCAACGGAUGGGGGACCGUUUUUAAAUAAGGGUUUUUUUUAGGACAUGUGGCCACUCUAACUCUGGGCACAGCACCUGGAAGACUUUAGCAGCCCCUUGCUGAUCACCUAAAACCCCAGGACCUUGGAGGAGCCCACAGGGGGUAGCUAACUCCAUCCUUGAUUUCUUUUAUUUCUACAACACUUUUAUUUAAACAGGGAAAGGGAAGAACACCUUUUCCAUUUUGAGGUCCUCCUGUCUUCCCUGACACCAAUGGCUCUGGAUCCUUCUCUGGAAUAUCUUGUUCAGCUUUGUUCCUUCUACAGGAGAAAAAGAGCCCAAGUCCUUUAAAUCUUAUCCACCCCAGCUGCAUUGUGGUCCCACACACCUGAGUGUAUUUUAGGUUAAGAGGACUCUCUGGAGAGCCCUGGACAUUCUCUGCUUCCAGCUGCAGCCCUGCAGAGCCUCCUGAGCAGGGGAAAAGCCUCACUGACCCUAAGCUUUAGUGGGAUUUGUUACCUCUGGAGCCCUCUGCAGCCCCAUGGCAGGGGCUAUUCCUGGGCAGGGGGAAGGAGGAAAGAGGUCUCUGCCCGAGUUUUCAGCCCACGGCAAACAGGGACAGCUCCUGGUGCCACUGAGCUGGUGUGAGGGUGGUCCAAGACAGAACCUGUGUGUGACAGGGCCCUGCUUCAACAGCCAGCAAAGCUUUCUGCCCGUGGCUCAUCCCUCCUUCGUUCUGUGUCCUUCAGCAGCUCUGGCCAGUGGCCCUUCCCUCCUCUUGUUUCUCCCCAAACCAGGACUGAGCUGCUCCCAGUGAGGCUCUCUGGUUCUGUCCACCUGUCUCCAGCCCCUGGAGCCUCAGGAGAGCCCCAGGCUGGGGGGCUGGCAGGGAACUCACAUUUACUGUCAUUCCUUCCCCUUUUGGACCAGCUGGAAAAGCUGGAGGAGGGGAGCAGGGAUCUGACUUGAGCGAGGUGCAGUAUUUUUCCUUUGCUUGACCAGAGACUAUGCUGGACUUCAGCAACUCCAGUGCCGAAGCAGCGCCGCUCCUGCAGAGAAUAAAUCAGCACUUUGGAUUUGAAAUGCGUUUGGAAACAUCCCCAGCCAGCAGGGAGAUAUUUUUCGACCAGUGAUGCUGCUCAUGGGGCAUUUACCCUGCCUGCACUGACCAUGUGGAGUGGUGGCUGCAGUUUACCUGCUACCUGGGAGCACUCACCUGCUGCUUGGCCGAGGCUGGGCCUCCCUGCUGGGGCUGGGCAGAGCUCUGGAGAGGGGAGAGGAGGAGCUGCCCAUCCCCUACCUACCAGCCAAGCUGGCAUUUGUAAAAGAGAAAAACAGUGAUGAUGAUGACCUGACCAGCUGCAGGCUCAGGCCUGUGCAGCUCUUAGGCAGGUGGUGAACUGGAACCUGACCAUGAAGCUUUCAGAGGUAUUAUUAAGGUAUUAUUUGCCAUAUACUUGAAUGUAUGAGCUUAUUUAUUUUUUACAUGUGCAUUUGCUAAUGUCAUUUUAAUGGGGAAUUUCCAACCCACAGGUACUUGGUUUUUUUUCUAAAAAAUAAUCUGCCAAAUGGAUUAAUAUAUUAGAAAUGAAUACAGCUCAAGGGGAAGGGGUGGGGGGAAUUGUGCUUAAUAAAUAUUUGUGUCUAAGCUUCA